AUGGAUUUUAAGUAAUUGUAUGAUGAAAUGUGCCAAAAAUAUUAAUAAAUGGAAGAAGAAUACAAUUAAUUUAUAGAAGAAAGCCAAAUUUUAGAAGAUUAAUAAUAAAAAACUAUAGAAACUUUAAAUAAACAACUUGCACAGACUUAAAAUCAAUUAUUGUAAUAAAAAGAAGAAAUACAAAGAGCAAGAGUAAUAAUUAUUUAUUAAUAAUUAAGAAUGAAUUAUAAUAGACUUAAAAUCUAUUAGAAAAGCAAUUAAAUAAAAAGGAAACUCAAAUUGCAGAAUUUUAAAAAACUGUGCAAAGUCUUAAAUUAUCAAUCAUAGACUUAGAAGUUGAUUAAGACCUUAAUAAAAAUAAGAUUAGGUACAUAUAUUUAUUAAAAGUAGGUAGCUAGAAGAAACAAAUAAGGACUUAGAAAUUAAAUUAGAUAAAGUCUUAGAGUAAUUAGCAAUGGCUUAAACUGAUUUAGAGGCUAACAAGAUAUAAUCUUAAGAAGAAAUUGAACGUUUGAAAUAAACAUUAAAAGGUAGAUUUAUAAUUAAUUGUAGAAAAUCAAGAUGAGUUAUUUGCUGCAAAGAAUUAAAGAGUUUUUGUUACAACAACAGCAAUUCCAGAAGUUGUAAAAAUGCCUAAAAUUGAUUCUUUAAGAGCAAAUGCAGCUGGAUUUAACAAAAGUCUGACUUUAAUAUAAGCAUUGAUUAAAGAUCUUGAUGACAAAAUGACAUUAAUUAGAUAACCUAAGGCAUGA